AUGGAUAUUGAUAUAAAAAUGAAUGAUUCUGGCUUGCAAACUCAAUAUACAGAAUUUUUUUUAACGCUGUUGGAGCUUGUAGGGACCUUAUCUAGGAUUAUGAUUAGUUUUUCGAAAUUGCUGCUAAAUACCUUUUUAUUCCUUUGCUAUUACUUUUUGGUAAAAGCACCUCUUGAAAAUUAUCAAAAUCUAGUAAAUCUAAUCAGAAUAUGGGCUAAAAGAAAAAUGAAAACAAUUUUAAAAAUAAUUAUUAAUUGUUAUUAA